AUGGAAAUAGCGGUGCAAUCGGUUGCUCUUCCUUCUUCAACUCCAACUAGAACUGCACCCAUUUCGUCGCUCUUCCCCACCUCCAUUCCCAGCCGCCAUGGAUCUAGUUCUCGGAUUCAGACGCGCGUCUCUUCAAGCUCGCUCAAGCUGCCAAGGAGCAGACAUUUCUGGUUUAAGAAUUCUAGGUCUCGUUUUCGCGGGAUGGGCAACGGAGCUUCUGCUGUUGUAUCUGAAGAAAGCGCGGUCGGAUCGAGUUCCCCUGGCGACCAUGCAUUCAAGCUCACUUAUUUGGAGGGCAACAGUUGGUUGUGGGAGGUGGAGGGUGUGAAGAUUUUGGUUGACCCGAUUCUGGUGGGGAACUUGGAUUUUGGAAUUCCAUGGCUCUACGAUGCUGCUAAGAAGUUCAUCAGUGGUUUCCAGCUCAGUGAUCUUCCUCAAGUGGACUGCUUACUGAUUACACAAAGCCUUGACGACCAUUGUCAUUUGAAGACUUUAAACCCGCUUUCUAAAAUGUAUCCAAACCUGAGAGUAAUAGCGACCCCGAAUGCCAAGCCGCUGCUGGAUCCUCUUUUCACCAAUGUAACUUAUUUGGAACCAGGUCAGCUCUCUGAACUGGAAGCUAAGAACGGCUCUAAAGUAACUGUCAAAGCUACACCUGGACCAGUACUGGGACCUCCUUGGCAGCGACCAGAGAAUGGAUACCUUGUUAUAUCCCCACAAGGACAAUCCACUCUUUACUAUGAACCACAUUGUGUAUACAACCAGGACUUAAUCGGGAAAGAAAAUGCGGACAUUGUGAUCACACCUGUCAUAAAGCAGCUCCUGCCCAAAUUUACUCUAGUUUCAGGACAAGAAGAUGCAGUUCGACUAGCAAAGUUGCUGCAUGCAAAGUUCAUUGUGCCAAUGAGAAAUGGAGAUCUGGAUGCAAAAGGGUUACUUGCAAGUAUCAUUCAGUCAGAAGGGACAAUUGAAUCAUUCAAGGAACUUCUGUCCAAAGAGUUGCCAGAUGCUCGCGUCCUGGAGCCUACACCUGGUGUGCCACUUGAAGUCUCAGCAGCAGCAUCUUGA